AUUGUCCCUUCUUAAAUUUAUAGCAAUAGUGGUUUGCGCCGUAUCAGUUCUCUUUAGAGUUUGCCAAUGUUGGAGGUGUUUGGGGGUCUGUCCCUGGAAAAAAAGAUAUAGAGGAUGGCACAAGUUAAAGUACAGACCACAGCAAACCUCUCUGGAUCUGCCAUUUUUUCUGCUGUGCAGCCCCCGGCAGUGCCCAGUGCAGGUCCUCUAGGUGUGCAGUCCUCUAUGAACGGAUCAGUUCCAGCCUCCAGUACCAGCUGUACCAGUCCUGCCGCUGGGCUUGUGGAUUCUACUGUUUCUGCAAACUCACCAGCUUCUCCCCAGGAAAACAUGGCAAACCCCAAAGAGAAAACUCCAAUGUGUCUAGUAAAUGAGUUAGCCCGUUUCAACAGAAUUCAGCCCCAGUACAAGCUCCUACAUGAACAAGGGGCUGCACAUGCCAAGAUCUUCACUGUGCAGCUGACUCUUGGAGAGCAGAUCUGGGACGCAGAAGGCAGCAGCAUCAAAAAGGCACAACAUUCAGCUGCAGCCAUAGCAUUGACUGAGACGACCCUGCCCAAGCCAUCACUACGGCCGCCCAAGGUGGAGACUAACAGCAACCCAGGCAGUAUAACCCCUACUGUUGAACUGAAUGGCUUAGCAAUGAAAAGAGGAGAACCUGCCAUCUACAGACCUUUGGACCCAAAGCCUUUGCCAAAUUACAGAGCCAAUUACAACUUCCGGGGAAUGUUCAAUCAAAGGUACCAUUACCCAGUGCCUAAGAUAUUUUAUGUCCACCUGACUGUGGGGAACAGUGAGUUUAUAGGAGAAGGAAGGACGCGUCAGGCUGCUAGACACAAUGCUGCAAUGAAAGCCCUUCAAGUUCUUCGAAAUGAGCCCAUCCCUGAAAAACCACCUCAGAGCAUAGAGGGAAAGAAUGAAGCUGUGGAGGAGAGUGAUGCCAGCAAGUCUGAGAUUAGCCUGGUGUUUGAAAUAGCACUCAAAAGAAACAUGCCUGUCAGCUUUGAGGGAGUGAAUCUGCAGUGUGAUGGCACAUGUAAAUGGAGAUCACCACUAAACAGGCUACAGAAGAAUCAUAAGAGACUUGCAAGAAAGGUGAUUAAAGAGUGUGGCCCACCGCACAUGAAGAGCUUUGUCACGAGAGUGACGGUCGGGGAUUUCGCAGCAGAGGGAGAGGGAAACAGUAAGAAACUUUCCAAAAAGCGGGCUGCAAUAUUGGUGCUACAAGAACUGAAUAAACUUCCUUUCCUCCCUGUGAGGGAAAAACCCAAACUUCAUUAUAAGAAACGCCCUAAAACUAUAUUGAAGACUGGCCCAGAUUAUGGUCAGGGAAUGAACCCCAUCAGUCGCUUGGCCCAGAUCCAACAGGCAAAAAAGGAGAAGGAACCUGAGUACGCUCUGCUAUCCGAGAGAGGAAUGCCCCGUCGCAGAGAGUUCAUCAUGCAGGUGAAGGUCAUUAAUGAAUCUGCAACUGGAACUGGCCCAAAUAAGAAAGUGGCAAAACGGAAUGCUGCAGAGGCUAUGAUGCUGCAGCUUGGGUACAAGGCAUCUACACCUGCUCAGAGUCAAGCAGGGAAGCCUGUGGAGAACAAAGGCUGGAACGGGCAAAAGGUGGCUUUUCCUGAACCAUCAAGCAAUACUCAAAAGGGAAUACUCCAUCUCUCCCCUGAUGUUUAUCAGGCGAUGGAAGCAAGCCGGAACAAGUCUGGUCCCGCAGCUGCUGUAAACUAUAUGCAUCCAAAAGACAUUGGCCAGGGCUCCAGUUCUUUCUUCAGCACCACCAGCAACACGGCAACCAUUGCCAGGGAGCUCCUGCUAAAUGGCAUCCCUCCGACUGCUGAAGCUUUGGGUGUGCAAGGAAAAGCACCUGCUUCGCCCUGCGCCUCUGUGCAGCCUUCACAGCAGCUGGAAUACUUGGCCAGGAUUCAAGGCUUUCAGGUGCAGUAUACUGAUCGUCAAAACGGCAAAGAGUGCAUGACCUACCUAAGUCUUUCACCUGUACAGAUGACUUUCCUUGGCAUUGGGAGCUCCAUUGCAGCUAGCCAUGAUCAGGCAGCCCUAAGUGCCUUGAAACAGCUGUCAGAACAAGGACUGGACCCUGUGGAAGGCGCAAUGAAGGUAGAAAAUGCAUCACGUGAUAAACAACUGAAACAUCUGGGAGAGAAGGCAGACAAUAAACAGACUAACUCAGGCACCUCUGGUCAGGCCUGCAAGGAUUCAAAAGCCGUCGUCUAGGAGCCCCUCCAGCACCCACGGCCGCCACUGCAUCCUUAUAAACCUGUCAACACACAAUAGGGUGGAUGUGUGUCAGGAAAUGAAUGACUAAACACCAUUAUUUGAGUCUAUGUGAAGACAACACUAUCCUAACACAAAAAAAGAAAUUAAUCGAUUACAAAAAUAAAGAAUAAUGAGUAAGAAUAAUUGUAUAAUUACAUUGCAUGAUACUGGUAAAUCAAGGAAAAUCAAAAACCUAUACAGAGUUUCCCCUUUUGUAUAUGAAUAUAAAUUUUGAAGAUAGUUGCCUAGUGGCAGAAAAAAAAAAAAAAAAAAAAAAAAAAAAAAAAACACACAAUUGUGCUACUGAAAGCUAAUUGAAACAUUUUAAUAGUGGGGAAAACAAAUGUUAGUAGAAUCAAACUGAAAUUAUCAGUUAUAAUUUUAAAAAAAUGGUGUCUUAAUUUCAGCUUUUUUAUUUUAUAAAUGAUGCUUUGGUAUUUAAAAGUUAACCAAUGAGAGUGCUGUGAGAGUUGUAGUUGUUGUCUUCAUAUAGUCAUGCAGUUUAUAUUUCAUGCUGACAUUAAAGCAUUCAUAAUUCUAUAUGAAUAUGAAUGACUUGCAAAUACAAAUACCAUAUACUAAAUCUGUAUGCAAAAAAAGGGAAAAAAAAAAAAACAAUUACUAAAAAAUGCUUAUUAAUACGUUUCCUGGUGUUAGAACUGAUCAGUAGAGGUAAAACAAAACAAAAAAAAAAACAUGGCAGUUUAGCAUUUGAGUGUCAUGAACCUGUGGUCAUGAAUGAGGCAUCUGACCUCUGGUUCUCCUAUUCUCCCCCAUCCUGUUGUUUCAAGCCCAUCUACACCUAUUAUGUGUGUUGUAUUGGCCCACUGUUUGCAUCAACUGAUAACUGCAUUCUAAUCUGAAAGGGCAUUUUAGGCCUAGCACCAAGAAAGACCUAGAAGCUAGGGAGUUAGUUCCACAACAACAAAGAAAAAAUAAGAGUUACACCUCAUUGUAUAAAUAAAACACAAAUAACAGUAUGUAUGCUGAUUGUACUUUAUAACAGCAACUUGUUAUUAAUGAAUGGCCAAAUGCAGUAAAACCAUAUCAGUUCAUGUUUAA